CCUAUUAUUACAGUUGGUACUAAUGCGAUGCGUACACGAGACUGACGAGUGACGAGGAAGAUUCAGCAACCGUAGCACCACCGGCUUAAUCUCAACCACAAAUCACAAGAGAAGCUGCCACAGAUACAGGAAUCUCAAUAAUAGCGGUUUCCGUUAGCCGUUAGAGAGCGGAGGCAACUGGAUUGACGAAGAAAAGCAGCUGCCUUGCCAUGUCUCUGCAUCUCCACUGAAAUUCGUAAAUAAUAUCGUUAUUUUGUCCAAUUUUCCAAAUUACAACAAGAAUCAUCGCAGCAUUGAAGGUGAGGAAAGGAAGGAAAUGAAAGGUGGUGGUGGAGUUGGUCCCGCGAAGCGGCGAUGGAGAGGUCUGGCCUUUGGCGUUCUCUUCCUUGUGGUCUUAUCAAUGCUGGUUCACCUUGGAUUCUUGCUUGGCCUACACAAUGGAUUUCACUCUCCAGGGUUUGUGCCUCUUCCACACAAUUCACCUUCGGGGGAUCGUACAAGACAUGUAGAUAACCUUGUGAGAAAAUUAGGACCUACUCUACCUAAGGAUAUUCUUAAACACAUUGUACAUGAAGCUAAAAAUGAAACCAGCAGUACAAAUGCCACACGUAAAAGUCAGAAGAAGAAAGGUAUUCCAAUUCCGCCUCAAGUUGUGCUGCAACCACUCAGCAAUAAGAAUAUUAGUAAAGAUAGUGGUAAAGCAGGAAUUAAAGGUGGCAUUGAUGUAAGUGUGGGAUUAUGUGAGUUGAAAUAUGGGAGCUACUGCAUUUGGAAAGAAGAAAAUAGGGAAGACAUGAAAGAUUCCACAAUGAAGAAAUUGAAGGACCAGCUUUUUGUAGCCAGGGCAUAUUUUCCCAGUGUUGCAAAAAUGCCAGCCCAGAACAAGUUGUCUCGAGAACUGAAACUAAAUAUUCAAGAACUAGAGCGUGUCCUUAGUGAAAGUACUACAGAUGCGGAUCUUCCUCCAGGGAUUCAAAAGAAGUCGGAAAGAAUAGAAGCUACAAUAGCCAGAGCCAAAUCAGUCACUGCAGAUUGUAAUAAUGUUGACAAGAAAUUGAGACAAAUAUUUGACCUAACCGAGGAUGAAGCUAAUUUCCACAUGAAGCAGAGUGCCUUCCUCUACCAACUUGCAGUCCAGACGAUGCCCAAGAGCCAUCACUGCCUGUAUAUGAGACUAACUGUAGAAUAUUUCAAAGACGAUUCAUUCAAUAAAGAGCUGACAGAAAAAUUCUAUGAUCCAACAUUACAACACUAUGUUAUAUUCUCAAGUAACGUCAUUGCAUCAUCAGUUGUAAUAAACUCAACUGUUAUGCAUGCAAAGGACAGUACGAACCAGGUUUUUCACGUGCUGACUGAUGGACAGAAUUACUAUGCAAUGAAAUACUGGUUCCUCAGGAAUACAUUCAAGGAUGCUGUGGUUCAGGUGUUGAAUAUUGAACAGCUUAUUCUGGAUUACUCCGAUAAAACAACUCUAUCUCACCUGAACUCACCUCUGGAGUUUCGAGUUUCCUUUCACAACAGUGGUAAAACACCAGCAAUGCAUAAUAGAACACAAUACAUAUCCAUUUUUUCUCAUUCUCAUUAUCUUCUUCCCGGGGUAUUCAAACACUUGGAAAAAGUAGUGGUUUUGGACGAUGAUGUUGUUGUCCGGCAAGACUUGUCAACACUCUGGAAACUUAACAUGGGACAGAAACCGAUGGGUGCUGUCCAAAUUUGCUCUGUGAGAUUGGGUCAGCUGAAGAGUUAUUUGGGAAAAAGCAGCUUCAACGAAAAUUCAUGCUCGUGGAUGUCUGGAUUGAACGUAAUUGAUCUGGUCAGGUGGAGAGAGCUAGGCAUUUCUGAAACCUACUGGGAGUUGGUGAAAAAGGUGAGCGUGAAGGAGGAAUCAUCUGUUCUGGCAAGCAUGCUUACUUUUCAGGACCUAAUCUACGCUCUUGACAGCGAGUGGAUUAUAUCAGGCCUUGGGCACGACUAUGGGAUUAGUAUUCAAAGCAUCAAGAAAGCUUCAGUGUUGCACUAUAAUGGAAAUAUGAAACCUUGGCUUGAGCUGGGAAUUCCCAAAUAUAAGGUUUACUGGAAGAAAUUUCUGAACCGUGAAAAUCAUUUUCUGAAUGAAUGCAAUGUAAAUCCAUAAUAAGCCAGUGGUGGGGUUGACACUUCGAAUCCUUGGAAAAUUUGAGGGCCGGUGAGAAUUCCGACACCGAGCUAUAGAGUUUUGAAGGGUAUUAGCUAGCAACAAAAAGUGUAGCUGCGAUGACCUCGAAGGGUGCAAUAUAUAUGUAUGUAUUCUGAAACUUUCAGUAAAUAAAAGAAAGGACUCCAAAACCUCUGGGGGUGGCUACAGUUGAUAGGGGAAGAUGGAUUUGGGGUAUUGAAGUGAUUGUUGAAGAAUACACACAGAGAGAGUGAACAUUCAUUAUCUGCCUUUGUGAAUUAACAUACAUAGAGAAGGGCUUGAUUUGCAUCUGUUCCAAGGGUUUUCAAUUUCAAUGGCCAUUCUCAGUUCAAGAAAAUACAUGCAUCCAUGGUUGCUGACUUGCUGGUGGCAACUGAAUGUGGUAUUACUAUUAUGCCCUUCAUUUUUUUCUUUUUUCUUUUUGGAUUUUACUAUUUCAUUAUUAUUUUUUGUCUAUU